AACAAGUCUCCAUAGUCCUUACAUUCUCCGGAAAAAAUUGGUAUAUGUGUAUGUGUUUUUGCACCAUCUUUUUUGCCGAAAAAUGUUGGAUCAGUAAAAACUUUUACUUCCGCUUCGCAUGACGCUCAGGUCACAGGUGCAGUGAUAUAAGCAGGAUUCAGUUGUUAGUCCUCCAUGGGGCAGUGCUGGACUCAGCUAUGCGGACCGGGCAACGAGGAUGAAGGCAAUACGGGUUCAGCAGAGCUUGCUGGGGGAAAUGUUCACCUAGUGACGACCAUGGAGAAGUGGGAAGAGUUGAUUUCUGAAGCAAACAAGAAUGGCCAGAGCGUGCUGGUAAAUUUCAGUGCAGCGUGGUGCAAUCCUUGCAGACAAGCAGCACCGGCGUACCGCGACCUCGCCGACAAGCAUACCACGGUGAUGUUUAUUACCGUGGACGUUGACAAGUUAGCGGAGUUUAGUUCUUCGUGGGAUAUAAAAGCGACGCCGACGUUCUUCUUCUUGAAAGAGGGGCGGCAGGUGGACAAGUUGGUCGGCGGCAGCAAGCAGGAGCUGGAUAAGAGGAUACUCUCCAUGGCGGAGACACCGGCGGGCGCCGCCGCCACAAGCUGAUGAUAGAGUUUGGUUGGUUGAUUCAUUCAAACACUAAACACUACAUAUACUAUAAUGAACAAUCAUGUAGAAAGAAAGAGACACGGAGAAGCGAAAAUUGUGCAGAUAUUUUGUUGCAAAUCAAAUUCUGGGUUUUGUCGCUCGUCAAAUUUUGCACAUUUUGAUUUUCAUACCUUUUGUAUUUUGGCUAGAGAAAUUAAUUACAACAUUUCUUGGGGAGAAAGCAUGAGAUUCAGGUAGCAAUGAAAGCUUUUCUUCGGCACCGUCAUCUGAUCGGCGAAUCAAGAAUUCAAUCUAGUGUCUGCACGGGCAUCUCAAUUGGUCGUGGGUGAUAAAUUGUAGACAAAGACACGAGAUUGAACUCUAAGAGUCACAGACUCUUAGUUACACCCA